AUGCAACCGAAUUUUCGUUAUUAUAAUGACAAUCGCGAUACUAUCGAUAAAUUAGUUUGGCGGCACUUUUCAUCAGUUUUUCAAUUAACGAUCAUGAUGGAAAAAUUGAUUCAUUUUGGCCGAAAUGAAAUCGAUUUAUAUCGAAUUCUUUUGGAAUUUGAUUCACCCUUCAUCCGAGAAAGUCAUGAAUAUUUAAGUGAUAGAAAUUUUGGCAAUCAAUUGUCACCGUUCGAUCGGCAAGAAUUGGCCACGUUGAUUGUGUUGCAUCAGAAAUUGAACCGAAUUCUAGUCGAUUUUUCCACUGCCAUCGAUGAGUUCACAUUCACCAUUUACCGCUUCGUGUCGUCGGUUAUUAAACAAACUUUUCGUAAAGAUUUGGGCAUAAUUGAGACAUUGAUUGAAAGCAAAAAAUUUUGCAAUUAUAAUGGGCUACUUAAAUACAACCCCCUAUUUGAUGAUAUUAUACGAAUAAUUACGACAAAAAGACCGCAUUGCCAAACAUUGUUUGAAUUAUUUCAAGUUCUCAAGGAUAAAUAUAUGAUAACUAUCGAAUUAGAAUAUGAUCUAUUUUAUCAGAAAAUUUUCACCUGGAUUACUCGUGGAGUACUCAACUCUUCGUUAAAUGAAUCAUUUUUUAUCCAAAAAAGUAGCCUUGAUUCAAAUACAUCGCUUGAUCUGAGUAAAGUACCACAACAAAUUGAUCCAAUCAAUGCAAUCAAAAUCUAUGAUACUGGUCAAUUAGUGCGGAAAAUAAUGCAAAUGAAUUCAAAGGUUAAAUUUUUUGAUGCUGAUUUAUUCUGGCAAAACUAUGAAAAACGAAUGGAAUUAUAUGAUAUAACGAUUUUGUUUCGUUAUUUUUUGGCUGAUUUAGCCAAUAUGGUAUUUUCGUAUAUAAUGAAAGAAACAUCAUUGAAAGAGGAUUCAAUGAAUUUUAUUCACCAUUUGAAAGCUUUCUAUCUUCAUGGUAAUGAACUUUUAUGGACAAAUUUUCUGGAAUUAAAAUCCAUUGAAGAUGAUGGUAUUCGUAAAGCAUUCAAUCUAGCAAUAUAUCGAACAUUUGAUGAUUAUGAAGCUGAAACUUAUAUGCAUCUUAUUUCGAUCAAAGAACGAAUCAUUGAGAAUAAUAAUCACCGACAAUCAUUAUCGGCGCAUAAUUCAAAUGAUAUUGGUUUCAAGAUUACAUUUCGUUUACCUAGUUUAGUCAAAAUAAUCAUCACAGAUAAAGUUUGGAGUAAAUAUCAAUCGAUAUUUAUAUUCUUACAAAAAAUCAAAUUUACUCGUUGGCAAUUGAUAGAAUAUUGGAAACGACAGGUUCUAAUGUUUAAACGAAAAAAUCACAUGAAUAAUGUCGAUAAAGGUGGCCAGCAUAAAUCUACUCAAUGGUUUUUACUUUAUUCACUGAUUCGAUUUACUGGUAUUUUCUAUACAUACGUCAAGUUUUGUAUUGAAUAUCGAAUGGAUCAAUUUUUCGCCAAUGUUAAACAGAUUGCUGAUAUUGAUAAUAUACAACGGUUUCAUAUGUCCACACUUUUGGCCAUAAUCAAUGACUUGUUCAUCAAAAAUACUUUUAAUUUCAAUCUUAUAAAUCGUAUCCUUGAUUUAAGCAAACAAUUAAUGAUAACCAAAUAUGAUGAUGGCCAUUUAAUCGAUGAUUAUAAUCAAGCUAUUGAAAUUUUUCGUGAAACAAUGCAAAUCAACAAGAGUCAUUCGCCUUUCAAUGAACUUUUGAUGAGCAUUUAAUUUGGCGGGCCUUGGGAUUUUUAUUUUUUUUUUUAUUUUUAUUGUUUGCGAUAGAUGACACUAUCGUCUUGUAUCACAGCUGCAUGUGAUUCGAUAUAAUUUUUGAAUAUAUUAAAAUUUUAUUUG